GCUAUGUAUAAGGCGGCUAUCACGAUUCGGGACGUGUCAUUCACCACUGACGCGAGAACGACGCACGCGCAAACGAAUCAUACACGCACGACAUAUUGAUGUACGAGUGGUCACUUACGACUUCCACGGUUACGUGUGACAACUGACAAGCUAAUGCUCGUUCGCCAGUCGCCCAGUUACCCAUUCAAGUAUGCAACAGUAGUCCGGCACAAACAGUGAGAACACGGUCCAAUACAUCUGCACACACGAGCACUGUAGCAGUGUGUGAGCGUAUGUGUAUUCAGUGUAUCUAUAGGUGGAACCUCAAUCUAACUAGAUAGCAAACAACAAAAACGACAAAUAGACUCCGAAGUAAUAGGAAACUCAGGAAAGGCUAGGUAUAAGCGAAUAAGAUAGCUAACCCUUCAGACGUAGACAUAUGCUCUGCUUAUAGCCGCUUAGCACAACACAAUGUCGACCGAGACAGCAGUUUUCCAAACCGAGAAGCACACGUACUGUGUGCCGGCGUCCUCAGUCAUGUUGAGGCGUAAACACGAGAAUACCGGAUUUGCGGUGCGUUUUCUGAGGGACGGCAAACAAACAGGUCUGGGGCAUCCCUACGAAGUGACUGUGAAUUCUUUCGAUAUAUACCCCUCCAUGUCAGAGGCCUACAAACACUUUCAAAGGUACAGAUGAGGUGUAGUGGUUAGUACCAAAGAAUGACAGUGUCCAUGCACAUAGUUCAGGUUGGUGUAGAUGAGACGCAUGCAUCCUUGUACUACUUGAUCCUAUCACAAAUGUGAAGGGUAAGUGACCAGCGCAACGUAUCAUUCAGCUAUCCCGUGUUGACGACCAAUGAUAUAUACAUCGAGCCAAUUUCUCGUGCACAGCACCGGACACGCCUAUAACUUGAUUGGUAACUUGACCAUCCUUUUUCUAUUGAGCUGGCAAGUGCG